UCCUUCUCUGAAACUGGCAUCACACUUGAUAGGGAAACUUGAGUGUAUUCCCGUUUAAGAUGGGGUUCCAGGCAUGUCUUCAACAACCACGGCGAACCCCUUUUCCCCACUGGGGAGAAGCACCCUAGACCCUUCUCUUCCAGACUCCACACCUCUCCAGUCGCUGUCUGUCUAGAACAGUCUGGCUGGCAUUUAGGACUCAGUCCCGUCUGUUCUGAGACUUUGAUUCCAAACUCGAUUCUUCCCCUCUUGUCCCCACGGGGCACCCAGACAGGCCGUGACCGUGGCUGCUUGUUGGGGCAGGGAGGGAAUGUGGGCUGCUCCCGAUUCUCUUCUUCCUUUCCAAACUCCUCCCCGUCCUCCUUGCCUCCCGCUAGCCCGCUGUGGCGAGGGAGGGAGAGGAGACCCUGUUCACAGGACGAGCUGCCCCUCAAUGGGUUUGGACACUGAUUAGGGGCAGUUUCUCUUCCUAGAAGUUUUCCAGGUGAAAAAGAAAGACAAAGGGAUGACAUUAGAGCGUCACCACUUGCAGCUUCCCAGUGACGUAGCCGGCCCAGGCAAUGGCCUUCAGUGACCGCUAAUGUUGCAAGAAGACAGCCGGACAUGACUUCCAUCCGAGGGAGGUGUGCGCCACGCUCUUGAAGCAUCCUUGCCAAAAAAAGCCGUAUCUGAUCGGGCUUCUGUUCUGAGCCACCAAGCUAUGGAGAUACGGGGUUCACGGGACUGUAUUCGGUGACAACACAGGGCUGCAAUCAGCAAAAGCCACACCGGGAAGCUGCAAGACAACCCGAUUUCUUCAGCAGAAACAAUAUAUGUAUCUAUCCUGAGAUGCGCAGAUGAUGGGAUGUCUGGGCUUUGCUUUGCACCAACCUGACGGGGGCACAGCACUGCGGCUUCGGAGGCUUUAGACGCGAUGGGAACAACUAGAAAGUUUUGACAUCAUUGAAACACCAACUUUAACCCAUGAAUGAACAACCAAGAGAUGCUCACUUUUCACCUCUCGGGUGUUUCGGAUACUUUCUGGAAUAAGUAACAGGUUUGUAAAAAGAAGUGACGGAACGAGGACAGUGAGCCGUGAGACCCCCACACGCCAUCAUUGCUUUUCAGGGUCUGUGGUGGCCUGUGCCGGCACUUUCCAAGCGUAGCUUCUUUUGUUCCUCACAACAGACCUAUACGAGGGACCACGUGCGCCCCACUUUGCAGACGGGGAGCUGGGGCACGGCGUGCAGAGUGGAGCAGGGCUGCCAACCCAGGUGGCCUGUGACUUGGGAGCCCUGUUCCAGGCCGUCUGCUUCGACCAGGGAAGCAGCCCCGGGGAGGGAGCUCCCGGAGACGGUUGGCCUCAGACAGUCAACCUGCCUCGGACCGUGCGGUUCUUUGCAGGGCAUGGCGCACGGGACCACCCCGCCCAGCGCCGCCCCUGGCCAGCCCUGCGUGUUCAAGCUGGUGCUCCUGGGCAGCGGCUCCGUGGGCAAGUCCAGCCUGGCCCUCCGGUACGUGAAGAACGACUUCAAGAGCGUCCUGCCCACCGUGGGAUGCGCCUUCUUCACAAAGGUGGUGGAGCUGGGAGCCUCGUCUCUGAAGUUUGAGAUCUGGGACACGGCUGGCCAGGAGAAGUACCACAGCGUCUGCCACCUCUACUUCAGGGGCGCCAACGCCGCGCUUUUGGUGUACGACGUCGCCAAGAAGGAUUCAUUCCACAAGGCCCAGCAGUGGCUGAGGGACCUGGAGAAGGAGUUCCGCCCAGGAGAGGUCGUGGUGAUGCUGGUUGGCAACAAGACAGACCUCAGCGAGGAGCGGGAGGUCACGUUCGAGGAAGGGAAGGAGUUUGCCGAGAGCAAAGGGUUGCUGUUCAUGGAAACCUCCGCCAAACUGAACCACCAGGUGACUGAGGUCUUCAGUGCCGUGGCCCGAGAGCUCUUGCAGAGAGACGACAGGGAGGGCCAGGCUCCGAGAAGGGACGCGGCCGUGGUUCUGAACGAGGGGCCCACGAGGCAGGCCAGAUGCUGCGCCCACUAGCAGCAGCCACUCCAGGGGGGUCGUGGGGAGGACGCCCCCAGCCCACGCCAAGUCUUCAGGGUGGGCCACUGCCAGCUCCGAGUUGAUUCUGAUUCACUGUUGACGCUGGGUCGUUCCCGAGCCCUAGAGGGUCCUGCAAGUUGGCAUCCUUUACAAGAACCACUUCUCAAAGCCAGUGGGAAUUGUCCGGGCAGGAUCCGGGGUCAAGUGGCUACCAGAAGAGUGUCAGCCCAGACACCACCUGAUUCCGGAAGCCUGUGCCUGCGCCAUCUGAAUUGUCAUACUCUCAGCCGCCUCGCCCUGGGACACAGAGGAAUUAAACGGGGUGGAGAGGAAGCAAUGAUCAGAAAGACAUUUUGAUCAUGGUGAUGGUCGACAGACGCCUUGUACGUGGCUUGGGCAGCACGCUGGCCCAGUGGCUGGGCCCACCUGCUUCUGGGAGGUGGGAGAGGCAGCAGCAGGCCAGAUGGCAGAGUGGGAGGCCCAAGGCAUCUGCAUCUUGGGAAGGGCAGCUGGGGUGGGGGACACAGUCCCCUCCCACUCUCUCCUCCUGGCUGCGAAUUUGAUAGAGCAGUUUCUGUCCGGUGGGCAUGAAGAUUCUGAGACUUUUAGCCUGAGAUGCAAGUUGUACCUCGAAUGCAUUUUUUUCUCUAAAAAUUAAACUGCUUUCGACAAUCUAA